AUGUCAUCACUCAAAUCUCCACUCCAAUCUCUGUAUUUCUCUUCGGCUAAACCCUUUCACAUAAACACUAGAACCCCUGCAUUAUGGAGACUCCUGACCACAUCUUGCGCUUGCUCUAAUCCCACUCCGGCUGAGAAUGCCCACUCGGAUGACUUCCGGGAACCUUUUCCCGGCCUGCCGGACAAUUUUUCCGGCCACACAAUUGAAGACACGGUGGCGUUGGAUCCCGGAAAAUUGAGAGUCGAUUCUUCGAUUUCGUCUCGGAUUCCAGACCUAGAGCAUCUAAUAAGCAGAAGUUCCACUGCAUCACCAACUCAGGUAAGGCAGAUCCAUGCCCAAAUACUCAGAACAGGUCUCUGUCAAUUCCCUUAUUAUAGAACCAAGCUACUCUCUCUCUAUGCCAACCACCGCUGCUUUUCUGAUGCCAAAAACAUUCUCUCGUUCGAACCCGAUAUUAUCUCAUUCACUACCCUUAUUAAUGCAUCUUCCAAGUUUAACGAUUUUGAUAACAUUCUCAGUGUAUUUUCUCGAAUGCUCAAACACGGGCUUUUCCCGGAUGCCCAUGUUUUGCCGAGUGUGAUCAAGGCUUGUGCCGGACUACUGGCUGUUAAAAUCGGAAAGCAAGUUCAUGGGUUUUCUUUGGCAUCUGGUAUAUCCUUGGAUUCUUUUGUUCAGUCUUCUUUGGUUCAUUUUUAUGUGAAAUGUGAUGAAUUAGUUGACGCUCACAAGCUGUUUGACAAUAUGGUUGAGAGAGAUGUUGUUUCUUGGAGCGCAUUGGCUGCUGGUUAUGCAAGGAAAGGGGAUGCAGUUAAUGCGAGAAAAGUUUUUAACGAGGUUAAAAAUCUUGGGUUUCAACCGAAUACUGUGUCUUGGAAUGGUAUGAUUGCAGGGUUUAAUCGAAGUGGGUGUUUUCUGGAUGCAGUUUUGAUGUUUCAGCAGAUGCAUAAGCAUGGUUUUAAAUCAGAUGGGACUAGCAUUUCUAGUGUUCUUCCUGCAAUAGGUGACUUGGGGUAUUUAAGUUCAGGCACCCAAGUUCAUGGAGAUGUCACUAGUGCUUGA